CAAAGCGGCUUUCAGUUGAUAUUUGAUUUUUGUGCCGCGUUGUGGUUUCCCCCCUCGAAAGCAAAUUUUGAAGAACAUACACUGAGAGAAAUAGACAGACACACAAAGCAAAAUGGUUAACAUUGCGGAUAGCGGCUCAAAACAUGCGCCGCAGGAAAUGGAACAAUUUAUACCCGGCACUAAACAUAAAAUCCAGCCACGUAAAUCAGAUGCCGAGCAGGCCUUGGCCAACAAUGAUUUCGAUCCAUUUGCAAUGCGUGACAAUGAGCAUCCCACAACUGACAACGAAACUCUUACCCAUUUGCUUAAGGCCUCACUGGGCACAGGAAUUUUGGGUAUGCCUUUUGCCUUUGGAGCGUCCGGUUUAGUUAUGGGCAUCUUUGCCACAAUCUUCACUGCGUUUAUAUGCACACACUGCAGUUAUGUGCUGGUCAAAUGCGGUCACAAGUUGUACUACAAAACACGUCGCACCAAGAUGACCUUUGCCGAAAUCGCUGAAACUGCAUUCCAGAAGGGCCCCAAAUGGAGCCGUGGCUUCGCCCCCAUUGCAAAAUUCUCGAUAUUAUUUGGCAUGUUCCUAACCUAUUUUGGCACUUGCUCUGUAUACACUGUCAUUGUUGCCAAAAACUUUGAACAAGUGCUUAACCAUUGGUUCGAUACAAAUAUAUCAUCGCGUCUCCUUAUCUGCAUAAUGCUGGUGCCAUUGAUUCUCAUUGCCUGGGUCCCGAAUCUCAAAUACUUGGCCCCCGUUUCGAUGGUGGCGAAUGUUUUUAUGGGUCUCGGCCUGUUUAUUACGUUCUACUAUCUCGUCCAGGACUUGCCAUCGCUAGAGACACGUAAAAUGGUGGCUAUAGGAACACUGCCAACAUUUUUCUCGAUUACUAUAUUUGCCAUGGAAGCCAUUGGCGUGGUUAUGCCAUUGGAGAAUAACAUGAAGACACCACAGAAUUUCCUCGGUCUUUGCGGUGUCCUCAGUCAGGGUAUGUCCGGAGUGACCCUUGUGUAUAUGCUGCUGGGUUUCCUUGGUUAUUUGCAUUAUGGUGAUGCCACCGAACAGAGCAUUACCCUUAAUUUACCCGUCCAUGAGUGGCCUGCCCAGGCGGUGAAGGUUCUUAUCGGCUUGGCUGUCUAUUGUACAUUCGGACUGCAAUUCUAUGUGUGCCUUGAAAUUGUCUGGGAUGGUAUUAAGGAGAAGUGCACCAAGCGUCCAGUUUUUGUCAAUUAUGUGCUGCGCACUGUGCUGGUAACUGCUGCCGUUGUAUUGGCUGUAUCUGUGCCAACUAUAGCACCAUUUAUGGGUCUCAUCGGAGCUUUCUGUUUCUCCAUACUUGGAUUGAUCUUCCCGGUUCUCAUUGAAAUUGUUGUCCAUUGGGAUACUGGUUUUGGUGCCUACAAUUGGAUUGUCUGGAAGAAUAUUAUCAUUGUCAUCUGUGGAUUUGCCGCGUUGAUAUUUGGAUCGGAGGAUGCCAUUCGUCAAAUUAUCGCUGAAUAUAAACCAACAGCGGAAUAAGCACACACACACACACACCAACACCAACACACUCUGUUACACCGCAUUGCUGCUAUACCAAGGGAUAUAUAUAUUUAUUAUACACACACACACACACCCACACUAAACAUAUAUACAC